GCAGCAAAGCAAAAUAUCCAACAAAUACGAAAUUAUUUGUUGUUUUAGAUUUAACCUAUUAGCUACUUAACUAAUGAGAAGGAGAAAAGAUAUAAAUGAAAACAACCUAAAAAAGUUACCUCAAUUCACAGAGGCAUUGUGUAGAAAUAUAUUCCUUCACCACAAUGAAGAUAUUACCAUAUCUAUUUGUAUUUCCGUAUCUUGUAGCUCCUGAACAGAGUUCUGUUUACGAAUACAAUCCCAGUAAUUUCAAAUUCCAGAUCGAAGAAAUGGAUGGAAACUUUAUUAUGUUUUACGCGCCAUGGUGUAGACAUUGCACAGAAUUUUAUCCGAUAUGGUCAGAAUUGGCAGAGCUGGUUAAUACCAAGGACUCCAAAUUUGCCAUUGCCCAAGUUGACUGCACAGUGCAUGCUAAGCUUUGUCAUGAAAAUGAAAUAACAGGUUAUCCAACAUUAUUUUAUUUCCACAAAAAUACAUUUACACCAGUUGAAUACAAAGGAACAAGGGACUUGCCAUCAUUGACAUUGUUUCUGAGCGAAGCCUUCUCUGUCAAAACAGAGGGCAAACAAUCAAAACAACCAAAUGAAGUUAAAACAUACAGCGGCAUGUCCUAUCUGAAUGACCUGAAUAUUGAGAAGUUUGUGUCAAAAGGACAGCAUUUUAUCAUGUUUUUUGUACCUUGGUGUCGUGCAUCUCAGAGGAUGGCACCGAUUUGGGCAGACUUAGCAGUACAUUACGCUCACAACAACUACAUAAAAAUUGGAAAAGUUAAUUGUAUGGAUAAUGAGAUAACAUGCAAAAAUUUUGAAGUCAAACAGUACCCCUAUUUACUCUGGAUUGUUAAUGGAAAAAUUAUGGGUGCUUCGAACGGGGAAAACUUAGACGAUUUGAAAGCAUUUGUUGAAAAAAUGUUGCUUUCUGAAAAUCACGAUCCAGAGAAAUUUCUAAGAAAAAAGAAAGCACUUCCUGUGGCCAGGAUAUCUGAGGAGACAUUCGAAACUUUUCUGCAAAAUGACUUAGUUUUUAUUAAUUAUUUUGCGCCAUGGUGCGCACAUUGUAUGCAGUUAAGCCCAUUAUGGAUUAAAUUAGGGGAAAAGUUCCAAAACGAGACAAGAGUAUUGAUUGCAGAUGUUGACUGUGUGCAGAGUAAACCUAUUUGUGAAACAGAAAAGAUUAAUGGACUACCCACAUUAAUAUUGUACAGACAUAAGAAAAUAGUAAGUGUAGAACAUGGUGGUAGACCUCUUGAUAGCCUGAUUGGACUCAUCACAGAGCAUUUACAAGAUUCAGCCAGUACAGAUCCAGAAGACAAGACGAAUGAGGACAUAUUUUUGUCAAAAGCCAAAGACGAAUUGUAAAUGUUUUACUUUAGUCAAGAAAUAUAUUGUGACUGUUGAUUUAAAA